AUAAUUAUUAUUAUCAUGAGAAACUACAAAUUGAUUUUGUAUGGCCUUACUUCCCCUCCACUUAUGGCCAGAAUCACAGCUCCUGAGUUGGAGCAGUUCAUAGUCGCUACAGUUCACUUAACUGGACGUAUACUAGGAGCAGGUGCUUAUGGUAGUGUGGAGGAGGUAGAGAUACCUGGAGCAACGGUAGCUGCCAAAAAAUUGCAUCAACAGCUUGUCAACCUGGGCUCUACACAGCAGGUUGAGAAAUGGGUGACUGAUUUUGUGGAGGAGUGUAAGCUGAUGAGCCAGCUCCGUCACCCUCACAUAGUACAGUUCCUGGGGGUGUGCUAUCUCCCUGGAGCCCAACUCCCUGUCCUACUGAUGGAGAAGCUACAAACCAGCCUCGACAACCUUCUGGAAACCAACCCCAACAUUCCUAUUGACCUCAAAGUGCACCUUCUGACGGGGACUGGCCGAGGGGUGGUCUAUCUGCACAGCCGCACUCCACCCAUCGCCCAUCGUGAUCUGUCUGCCAAGAACAUUCUAGUCGAUAACGGUCUCAAUGCCAAGAUAGCAGACAUGGGUGUUUCUAGGAUUGUGAAUAUUCAGCCUGGCCAGCUAGCUGCCUCAAUGACUCAAAUGCCAGGCACUGGUGUGUAUAUGCCACCAGAGGCAGCUCAAGAGGAAGGGAUCACACGAUACAACACUGCCAUAGACAUAUUCUCCUUUGGUGUAGUAUCUCUGUUCACGCUGACACAAACCUUCCCCAAAGAUCUCAAACCUGCAACAUAUCGAGACCCUGCUACUCGAAGGCUGGUUGCUCGCUCAGAAAUCGAACGCCGUGAACAUUACAUCGAACCAAUGACAGCAGAUCUUGGUGAGACCCACCCCCUUGUCCAGUUGACUCUCGCUUGCCUGGAGUAUGACCAAGAAGAUCGACCAUCUGCUAUGGUGGUGUUGAGACGAUUGGAAGAGGUUGGAACAACACUCCCUCAUAAAUGCACCCAAACCAAGUUGGAACUGAUUCAACAGGUUGCUGUGAAAGAAGAAGAGAUACAGCAAAUUGCAAGAGUUGCCAACGAGAAACAAGCUCAAAUCAAUCAGUUUCAACAUAAAAUGGCUGAAAGUGAUACUCAAAACUCUCAAUUACAAGUAUGUAACGAUCGUCUUCAAGCUGAGAAACGAGAGCAAGUUCAUCGACUGACCAUUCUCCAACAAAAACAGUUGGAAGUUCAACGCAGAGAAAUUGAUUGUCUCUCCAAUUCAGGUGGUGAGACAACCACAAGCAAAACCACAAAAGCAAACUUGAAGAUUGUUGAUUCGAGCACUGGAAACAAAUUACUAGCACACAAGUCGACCACACCACAACCAACUGUUCCUACUGCCAUCACUUUCAACUGGACAAAAUGCAAGAACAUACCGAGAGGGAUGAAUGUGCUCGAUCAGCCUGUGGCUAUCAACGGGAAGCUGUACAUGAUAGGCUCGAGUAACUGGACUAUGACUGUGCUAGUGUACACACCAGAUCAGGAUAGCUGGUAUGAGCUGCCACCUCCUCCAGUGAAGUACCUCACCAUAGCAACACUGAGGGGUCAACUGAUAGUGGUCGGAGGUGAGGACAAGUCUACUAAAGAGAUAACGAAUACCAUCCUAACAUUCGAUGAGAGCUCUCGACAAUGGGUCCAGUCACUUCCCCCCAUGCCAAAAGCAUUAAUGUGCCCAGAAGUUCUUGGAUAUCAAGACCAUCUGAUCGUUAUCGGUGGACGUGACUUAGAGGACCAUAAGAUAUCUGAUGUGAACAUUCUGGAUACCAGAAACAAAUGGAUCACAGCCGAACCACUUCCCAGCACUGAUGAUGUCUACAGCACUUGCCUAAUUGGAGACACACUGUAUCUUGUAGGUAAACGCACUAAAGCAGUGUUUCGAGCUCAUGUACCCUCCCUUAUAUCACAAGCUAGUUCUGGUGUGUGGGAAUCUGUUGCAAAUGUUCCAUUUUAUUGGUCGUCUCCUAUCGCCAUCGGCAACACUCUCCUGAAUGCGGGGGGUAGUAGUGAUGAAGAGCUAGGAGAUAAUGCUAUCUCAAGCAUCCAUCUGUACGAUCCCACCAAAGACCAGUGGACACAAUGUAGUAACCUUCCCAAAGAAAUGUACAGCUAUCAUUGCAUUGAACUGUCUGGCAAACUGUAUGUACUUGGUGGUGAUAUAAGUAGCGGCACUAUAAAAUAUGUGUACUCAUCAAUCCCGUCCAUUACACAUUAAUAGUUAAGAUGUGUGAGUUUUUGUUUUUGUAAAAUUAAAUGUUAUGACUGUGACAGUUCAUGGGAAAACGUGGUGUAGGGAAUAUUUUGUGUGAAUUGAGUGUGUUUCUUGUUUAUGAUAAUUAUCAUGUUGACAAAAUUGAAAGUGUAUUAUGGUUGACAUAAUGG